GAAGUUUGGGAUGGCGGUGGCUGGACCUGGGCGUACAAUGGCUCCACCCCUGGGAAGGAGGAAGAGGAGGAUGCUGUCCAGACCCCAGAGACCCCCAGGAGCUGUGGCUGCACAAUUCAGAAGGCAGAGCUCCGCGCGUCUGCACCAUGUCCUGGGCUCCUGUCCUGCUGGCGCUCCUCGCUCUCUGCACAGAUGGUGGCCCUCAGCCAGUGCUGAAGCAGCCACCUUCUGUGACCUCAUCCCUUGGAACCACAAUCCGUCUGGCCUGCACCUUCAGCAGCGACUAUGAUGUCAACUUAUACAGCAUCUACUGGUACCAGCAGAGGCCCGGCCACGCUCCAAGAUUCUUGCUGAGAUAUUUCUCUGAUUCAGAGAAGAAACGGGGCCCCAAAGUUCCCCCACGCUUCUCUGGGUCCAAAGAUGGGACUGAGAACACGGGGUAUUUGAGCAUCUCUGGGCUGCAGCCUGAGGACGAGGCUAUAUAUUUCUGUGCCGUGGGGACCCAGAACAGAGAGAGGGAAAAGGAGAUGGACAGCGAGGAAGAAAAGGAGCCCCCUGCUUCAGUGUCCCAGGCACCCCAGGACACUCGUACCAUGAACUGAAGACAGAAAGGGUGCGCAUCCCCACAGAGAGGGCGAGGGGGAGGGUGGGUUGUGUGGGCUGUGCAGAGGGAGGGAGGCGCUCUUGUUCAGUAAGGCCCUGUGGGAGGGUGAAUGGGGGAUUAAAGCUGCUUGUG